UCGGGAGACAGAGGGUACGUGGAGGUCAACGCGCGCGCGCGAGACGAUUCGGCCGCUCUCUUCUAGCCGUCGCAAUCCGUUCUGCCUAGUUCUCGAUGCUCUUCUCCGACCGGCGUCGAUCUAGAAGCCGGCACUGCCUCGGAUCGUGGCUCGGAGGGUUGCCGAUCGGAACGUCGACGGAAUCGCGGAUCUUCGGAGGAGCCGCGAGGAGCUUCGCCACCGGGAGACGCGCGGCGGAUCUCCCGAUCGGCCGGUUCGCCGACCAGCUGAGCGAGUACGCUGGACGGAGGAAGCUCUUCGGGAACACGCUGACGGGCCUUAUGGACCGACGGCCGGAUCCCGGACCGUUGCGCUUCGGUAGAAGCUUCGGAAGCUUGGCGGCGGCUCGGCCGCUCGCCUGGCUGCCGAAAGGACUCGAUCGGCAGAGGAGGCUCUUCAGGAUCGACGCGACCAACAUGGAGAAGAAGCCGCCGCCUUCGCCGAGGGGUCCGCCGAAGUUCGCGCCGGAUUCGAGGACGUCGGCCGGCUCGGGAUCCUGCGCACCCCGCGCUCCACCCUGCUGCCGCAAGCGGCCGAAGAACGUCGGAUGCCCGCAGCCGGAGCUACCUUGCCCCCCGCCGUGUCCCUGUCCCUGCCCCCCGCCCCCGGCCAAGCCUCCGCCGCCAAAGAUCUGCUACCGGAAGUGUCCUCCGCCACCGAGGCCCCCGAGACUGCCGAAAUGUCCGGUGAUCCCUGCCCCGCCGCCUCCUCCGCCGCUCCCCAAGGCGCCCAGGCCGCCCAAGUGUCCGAAACCGUGUCCCCCGCCUCCUCCGCCCCCGCUGCCGAGGCUGCCGCCACCGCCAACCUGUCCGGAGUGUCCUCCGCAGAGGGUCUGUCCACCGCCGCCGCCCUGCGAGCCGUGUCCCUGUCCUCCCCCGUGUCCCCCGCCCUGCUGCCCUCCGCCGCCGCCGUGCCCCGCGUGUCCGCCGCCGAUCCCCUGCCCUCCGCCCUUGCCCUGUCCCCUGCCGCCGCCCCCCAAGGUCUGUCCACCCUGUCCGCCCUGUGCCGCCUGCCCGAAACCCCCGCCGUGCCCUCCUCCGCCCCCCUGCUGCCCCUGCCCGUGUCCCGAGCCGCCUCCGCCCUGCCCCUGCCCCAAGCCUUGCCCCCCGUGCCCGCCGAUGUCGCAGAGGGUCGCUUGUCCCAAGGACGCGCCGUCCUGCCCGAAAUGCGAGGCCGGAAAGGGCGGCAAGGGUUUCGCGAAACGGAAGCUGUCCACGUUCCACGGAUCCGUCUGGCAUCUUCGCGCUAGAAGGAAUUUUCACGCUGGUUCGUUCUUGAUGGGGAAAUCCUCGAGGCCGAAGAAGCCGGCUGCCUGCAAGCCGGCGUCCGAUAUCUGCCAGGACCAGGCGAAGAAGGACUGCGCGAAGCCCUGCGACAAGAAGAGCGAGUGCGCCGAGAAGCCUCCGGUCUGCGGGGACAAGCCGAAGAAGAAGAGCAAGAAGAAGAAGAAGAAGAGGAAGGAGCUCUGCCCGGAUACCUGCAUCCCCCGCGGCAAGUGCUACAGGCCCGAGGUCCCAGCCCCGCCCAAGAUGGUCUACGGGCCCGCCAAGUGCGCCAAGCCGAAGUUCGUCGCACCCAGACCUUGUCCAGAGGCUCCCAAGGAUCCGCAGGACUGCUCGGAGCUAGGCCGCAAGGACGAGGUCUGCGUCCCGCCGCCCUUGCCGAAACCACCCUCCGAACCCGUCGUCCUCUGUCCCUGCCCACCGCCGCCGAAACUGCACCCCGGCGAUUGUCCUUGCUACGUGUUCGGCAAGGAGCUCGCGCAGCCCAUCGCCAUGCCGCCGUGCCAGCACGAGGAGAAGCACGUCUGCUGCAAGAAGUCGUUCCUCUGCGUGCAGGACCGGGUCUGCACCAUAGAGCCGCCGUGUGACGAUAAAGCGAAGAAGGGCAAGGACAAGAAGAAGGGGAAGAAGGGCAAGAAGGACAAGAAGAAGAAGAAGAAAUCGUAGAGGCGAACGAAGAGACAGGAAGGUUUCUCGCGAGGUCUGUCAGAUAUCAUAUAUUCGGUCUCCGGGAUCGAUGUUAGGUUAACGAUUCUGAUCGCCUCGUCCGGCCGCUCUCGACUCCAGGACCGAGGGAUCAAAACUCGCCCUAAAAAAAAAUCUCUCCACCGUCAUCGUCUCGAUUUUUCGUCUCUCUCGAUCCUGAGGACGGUCGGGGUAACGAGUCGGACGAACGCGAUCGUGUUUAUGUGCGAUCUUCGUCGCUUUCCCGACGCCGCGCUCUCGUGCUAAAUUCGUUGAUCGCGUCGAAGAGAGAGAAAAUACUCUCCGGUUCCUUAAUCGGCGUUCGAUGCGAAAUCGGCGCGCGUCCACUGUCCCAAGAAUUCUCGAGACGACGAGAGAUCCUCUUCGGGAGGAGCGACGCACGGACGCACAUUCGAUUUUAUUUUUUUUUAAUUUUCUAAGAGAUGUCCAAGUCCAAAUUCGAACAGACCUCGCGAGAAACGAUGGGGAAACAUCUCGUUGUCCUUCUUCUCCUGUUGGACGACGGAGAACGAGCACCUCCGUGGCAAGACCGACCUCCAGAGAUAACCAGCAGCUGCAGAAUUUGUUAAAUGUCCCGAUCGAAAUUCUUUGUACCGCCAUAUGAAAACGAACAGUCCGUCGGACAAAUCGAUUUGUACAGUAUCACGUGAAUAAAUCUCAUUGAGCGCAU